GGUCCCGGGGGAUGUGCGUCUCGCGGCAGGCGGGCCCCGGAAGCGGGAGUUUCGCGUCCUGAAGGCCGCCUGCCAGACGUGUGCCCGAAGGAUGUCUUUUCCCUCCGAGGCAGUGGAGGGCUAAUGUGCCGUCUCCUCUCACUUGUGGUUUGACAGGAAAUCCAGCACAUUCCAGACUCAUGUUAGAUGCCCGCUGGCUGUGACAAUUUCGUUAAAUCUCAGCCAGUUUCAUCUCCAAGAUGGGCAAUUCUUCACAGGCUCGUGUGCGCAUUACAUGAGUAAAUGCAUAGAAAGGGCUUAUCCACACGGAGGGUACUCGUGUAGUUGUGUGUGUGUAAUUGGUGUGUGUGUUUACAUUCAUGAUCGUCAUUCAUUCUCUUCUAACCGUUUCACAAGCGUUAAAAAGCAUUCUGCAAACUAUAUAGUUGCACAGCCAGAUCGAACCAGGAUGAAAACCCACCACUUCAGGGAGCGGUCAGGGCUUAACUCUUCCAUCACCAGCCCCUUUACAUUCUCUUGCUAAGGAGACUGUUUUGUAAAUUUGCCAAAAAGAGACUACCUAGAGACCUUUCAUGUUUCAAAUACAGGGUCUUUACAAGUUAAGUGUUUGUAUAUGCUUUCAAUACAGAAUCUGUAAUAAGUGGUACUAGCACACAUUCAAAUUAAAAUAGUACAAAACAGUGAAAGGUAAGUCUUCUUUCCAGACCCACUGUUUCCCUAGUCACAAAUCACUUCUGUGGCAGUAAACGUUCAUACACAUAUAUACACCCCUAUUCUCUGUCCCCUUUAAAACCAAGAAUAGCAUGUUUAAGCAAAGUACUACGAUUUUUUUCAUUUCACAAUAUACGUUGAUAUUUGAACCAUAGUACCCAUACAUCUGUUCAGUUCUUGUUUUAUUUUGUUUUGCAGUAUGGGGAUCCAGAUCAGAAGUGUUCUACUUUUAAGUUACAUCCCCAGAUUUUUUUUUUCUCCCCUCUGUACUUGGGACUGAUCCCAGAGGUGCUUUAUCACUGAGCUACAUUUCCAGCCCUUUUUAUUUUUUUAUUUUGAGACGGUCUCACCAAGUUGCAGAACUGUCCUGAAACAGUCCUCCUGCCCCAGUCUCUUGAGUAGCUUGAGAUACAGGUCUGCACCAAACCUGGCUGUUGUCUGAUUCUUUUUAAUAGCAUAUUGUGUGAUUACACUAAAAUUUUCUUAUGUCAGUUCUCUAUUGAUGAGCUCUUAGACUGUUUCUAUAGUUCUGCAUUUAUGGACAGUUCUUCAGUGAGUAUCCCUUCAUAUACUUUUUUGCACAUGUGAGAAUACAUGCAAUAUCAUAAGUGGAAUUGUUAAGGCAAAGUAUGUAUAUGACAUUUAUUGUAUUUAUAUCUCUUCCAAGAGUUUUACAAUAACAGUAUAGAAUGUUUCUCCACAUUCUCAUGAAUACAGUGAUAAUUUUCUUCUUUUUUUUCCACUUUGCCAAAGUGUUAUCUUGGCUUUUUUGUGUUUGUGUGGGUUUUUUGCUGUUGUUAUCUUUUUUGUUUUUCACUUUGUGGUGCUGGGGAUUGAACCUAGAGCUUUGAGCAUGUGGAACAAAUACUUCCCCACAGAGCUGUACUUAGCCCUGUUACCUUGUUUUAAUUUGCCUCUUCCUUACUAUAAGGUUGAGUAUCUUCACAUAUUUAAAAUCACUUUUAAUUUUUCUUGUUCUCAACCUUCUUUUAAUGUCUUUUCUCCUUUUUUCUAGUGGAUUUCUUUUCCUUAUUUUUUUUAAUGUUUAUUUCUUAGUUUUAGGUGGACAUAAUGAUUUUUUUAAUAUUUAUUUUUUAGCUUUAGGUGGACACAAUAUCUUUAUUUUAUUUUUUUGUGGUGCUGAGGAUCGAACCCAGUGCUUCACGCAUGCCAGGCGAGCACGCUACUACUUGAGCCAUAUCCCCAGCCCCUGGACAUAAUAUCUUCAUUUUACAUUUAUGUGGUGCUGAGGAUCGAACCCAGUGCCUUAUUCAUGCUAAGCAAGCACUCUACCACUGAGUCACAACCCCAGCCCUUUCUUAUUGGUUUUUUAAAACUCAGGAAAUUAGACCUUUGGCAUUUGAAUUCCAAAUAUUUUUGUCUUUUUAAAAAUAAUAACAGCUUCAUUAAAAUAUUCAUAUAACAAAAUUUACCCUUUUAAAAGGUGUUACAAUUUAAAGGUUUUAGUAUAUCCACAAAGUUAUACAGCCUUUAAUCACUCCAGAAAGAAACCUCAUACCCAUUAGCAGUUACUGUCAAUUUCCCCUUUCUUCCAGCUGUGGCAGCCACCAAUAUGCUUUCUUUUAUUUUUAAUUUAUGUUUUGGGACUAGGGAUUGAACUCUGGGGCACUUAUCACUGAGUGACAUUUCCAGCCCUUUUUAUUUUGAGUCAGGGUCUCACUAAGUUGCUGAGGGUCUCACUAAAUAGAUGAGGGUGGUCUCAAGCUCAGGAUCCUCCUGCCUCAGCCUCCCAAGUCUGGGAUUAUUGGCAUGCACCACUGUGUUCAGUUUACUAAUUUGCUUUCGUCUCUAUAUACUUUGCUAUUCUGGAUAUUUUAUUUAAAUGGAAUCACAUAACAUGUGGUCUUUAGUGUCUGGCUUCUUUGAUAUAGCAUAAAUAUUCCAUAUGAUUACCUAAGCAUGAGAAAGGUGGCGUAACAUCAUUAUACAUUAGAGAUUUGUAAAUAAAACCAUGGUGAGAUACCAUUUUAGGUCCACUAAUCAAAUGGCCAUAAUGAAGAAGACCUUAACAAGCACUGGCCAUGGGUAGAAAAGUGGGAAUCCUUUUGGGUUGUUGGAGAAAAUGUAAAAUGGUACAGCCACGUUGUUAUCAACAGUUUGGCAGUAUCUUACAAUGUUUAUAUAUUUAUAGAAGAGAUAGAUAUGUUUAUUCUGAUUUGAACAUUAUACAGUGUUUACAUAUAUUGAGACAUUACAUGGUAUCCACAAAUAUGUACUCUGUGUGUGUGUGUGUGUGUUGCUGGGGAUUGGCACCACUAAGCUACAUCCCCAAGUUUUUUUUUUUUUUUUUUUUGUAACCUGGAGAUUGGACAAAAGGGUGCUUUAUCACUGAGCUAUACCCCCUGGGUUUUUGUUGUUGUUGUUGUUGUUAUUUGUUUGUUUAUAUUUUUGUUUUUGAGACAGUCUUGUUAAGUUGCUGAGGGUCUCACUAAAUUGCAGAGGCUAGCCUUGAACAUGUGAUCCUCCUUCCUCAGCCUCCUGAAUCACUGGGAUUACAGACCACCAAAAUCUCCACUUAGGGAAGUGGGAAUCUUUGACUGUGGAACAUUGGGCAGGAGCUUUGCGAUUGGCUGGUCAAGAAGGAGGAGGCAGAAUGUCUGCAUUGUUACACCAUAGAAUUCAAAAUUAAGAAGACUUUGUAUUAAGCGGUAUCAUUUACUCUACAAAUGAUCAUGCCUUUACCUGUCCUCUCUGAUCAUCACAAACUAACGAAACACACUUUAAGUCUUAUAAAUUCAGGUUACACUGUUUUUCAGAUGCCCUGGAAGCUAGUACAGGGCCUGUGAAAAAUGGAACCAAACUCUCUGAGGACUAAAGUCCCAGCUUUUUUGUCUGACUUGGGGAAGGCCACAUUGAGGGGAAUCAGAAAGUGUCCCCGCUGUGGCACAUACAAUGGAACCCGGGGCCUGAGCUGUAAGAACAAGACAUGUGGAACCAUAUUUCGCUAUGGUGCACGGAAGCAGCCUAGUGUUGAAGCUGUCAAAAUCAUCACAGGCUCUGAUCUGCAGGUCUACUCUGUACGGCAAAGAGACCGGGGUCCUGAUUACCGAUGCUUUGUGGAGCUUGGUGUUUCAGAGACGACAAUCCAGACAGUAGAUGGAACUAUCAUCACUCAGCUGAGCUCUGGACGGUGUUACGUCCCAUCCUGCCUGAAAGCUGCUACCCAAGGCGUUGUGGAAAACCAAUGCCAACACAUCAAACUGGCAGUGAAUUGCCAGGCAGAAGCUACCCCUCUGACCCUGAAGAGUUCAGUCUUGAAUGCCAUGCAGGCCUCCCCAGAAACCAAACAGACCAUUUGGCAGUUGGCCACAGAACCCACGGGUCCCCUGGUACAGAGGAUUACUAAAAACAUCUUGGUGGUGAAAUGCAAGGCAAGCCAGAAGCAUAGUUUGGGAUAUCUGCAUACAUCUUUUGUGCAGAAAAUCAGUGCCAAAAGCUUGCCUGAGCGCCGCUUCUUCUGCUCCUGUCAGACUCUGAAAUCGCACAAGUCAAGUUCUUCUAAGGAAGAGGCAGCCCAGAGAUGCAUUCAUUUCUUUGCUUGCAUCUGUGCCUUUGCCAGUGAUGAGACAUUGGCUCAGGAAUUCUCAGACUUCCUAAAUUUUGAUUCCAGCGGUCUAAAAGAGAUUAUUGUGCCCCAAAUAGGUUGCCAUUCAGAAUCAUCUGUAUCAGCUUGUGAGUCUACUGUCUCCAAGCCAAAGAAGAGGAAAAAGGAUGAAGUAUCUGGUGCACAGAUGAACAAUUCACUAAUGCCUCCAGAUGCAGUGAGCAGUAAUCUAAGGAAGAGUGGCCUGAAAAAACCCGUGGUUGCUUCUUCAUUAAAAAGGCAGGCAUGUGGCCAGCUGUUAGAUGAGGCACAAGUGACCCUAUCCUUCCAAGACUGGCUGGCCAGUGUGACAGAACGUAUUCAUCAAACCAUGCACUAUCAGUUUGAUGGCAAACCAGAGCCACUGGUGUUCCACAUUCCUCAGUCCUUUUUUGAUGCGCUGCAACAGAGAAUAUCAAUAGGAAGUGCAAAAAAACGUCUCCCCAACUCUACCACAGCUUUUGUUCGAAAAGAUGCCUUGCCACUGGGAACCUUUUCCAAGUACACCUGGCAUAUCACUAAUAUUCUACAAGUUAAGCAAAUCUUAGAUACCCCAGAGAUGCCCUUGGAAAUCACCCGUAGCUUUAUCCAGAACCGAGAUGGGACUUAUGAGCUGUUUAAAUGCCCCAAAGUGGAAGUGGAGUGCAUAGCAGAAACUUACGGUCGCAUAGAAAAGCAACCAGUGCUGCGACCCUUGGAACUAAAAACUUUCCUCAAAGUUGGAAACACUUCCCCAGAUCAAAAAGAGCCCACACCUUUCAUCAUCGAGUGGAUCCCAGACAUCCUUCCCCAAUCCAAGAUUGGCGAGCUGCGGAUCAAGUUUGAGUAUGGUCACCACCGGAACGGGCAUGUAGCAGACUACCAAGACCAACGGGCCCCUCUGGACCAGCCCUUGGAACUGGCCCCUUUGACCACUAUCACUUUCCCUUGAGGCAAAACAAGAGUUUUUUUGCUGCUAAAUUUGCACAUCCUCACCUUGACCACUUUAAAUACUAGUUUGGCACUUAGAUGGCCCCAUUCUUUAGUGAAACUGCUCUUAGCUAAGCAGGUUCUGCUGAAGAAAAACUCAUAAAUAGCCUUUUGGGUGCUGCUUUGUACUAUCUUCAUUAUAAGUUGGGCAGUUUAAAACUGGCUACAGUUUUAAAAGGAACAAAAAGAAAACCAACUCACUUUCCUUCUUAUAGAUUCACCCUUAGACUUUAUUUCAACCUUUUUCUAGUUCUCUAAGAAGUUAGCAGCACUCAGCCUUAUGCCAACAGUAUUAGAAAAUUAAUACCCCAGUUAGGGCAGAAGGUAAAGGACCAUCUUGGCAGAGUUCCAGCCGUGCUUUUUAUUCUGUUCCCAAAUAAAGCAAAGUGUCACUAGUUUUUCCAAA